UGCGGAGAGCCUCCAUCUCCACGCGGUGAAGCGUCCUCUCUUCAUAUCGCUGGGUUCUUUGUCGUCGAAGGGUGUUCCCGCUAUCUAUGAACAGGUCAUAAGAGCGACCAGCGCAGACAGGUCUCUCUCCCCGGCACCCGACUCUCGCUUGACACAUCCACCUUUACGUCGGACCCUGCAUCGACCUCGUCAACGGGAGGACUCACGGCAACGGUGACAAGUACCGACACGGUUGUAGUACCCCCUCCUGCGCAAACAACGACAACGAUGACCUCCGUCGUAGGCACCCAACCGUCCGUCACUGACACCAGCUCGGCGACGCAGACUAGUGUGGGCUCGGAUCCGAACUUUACUUUCGGGACCAUGCCCUACACGAUGGAUACCUGCGGGUCAACCACCGUUGGGUGGGACUACAUCGGCGCGGACUGCAAUAUCACUCUCCUGGUCUCCUCCACGGUCUUGCCCAACCCUGGCGACGUUAGUAGCUCGAUCGUAGGAUUGGUUAUCGGGCAGGAUGUGGAUGCGGCUUCAGAUUCUUUCUCGUGGUCGUCGGUCAAUCUUACGGCGGGGCGAUAUGUCUUACGAGCGACGGGCCCGAACAUCGCAGCUGAGUCUACCGUAUUCACGAUCGUAAACGGCACAGACACAUCCUGCCUAUCCGGAUCUCCCUCCCCCUCCUCGACGGCGUCUGCAACAUCGACACCAUCAGGGACGUCCGUGAUCCUCACGAGCAGCAGCUCUGGGGUACUGCCUACCUCAUCGUCCGUCUCCCUCCCUGUGACAAACGCCGUGUCCAGCCGCGCCCGGGCAGGUGCAAUCGCGGGCGGGAUCGUGGGCGGUGUCGCCAUCGUCGUUGCUGCCGUCGCCGCCUACUUCUUCUUCGGGCUAUGUCGGCGGACGCCCACGCGUUCCCGCUCCGGGCGUCGUGGGCACCUGGGAAAAUGGGGUGGUCUCUCUUCCCGCGACUCCGGGAUGGACGAAGGUCUCCCCGUCUCGACGGCACCCACCUCAGGAAAAUCACCCUUGGGUUUGGGCAUUCCAAAGCGCCGUGAGACGACGGAGUCCACGGGCGCCAUUCUUACGUCGUCCCACGGACACAACGCCAGCCGGGGCGUCUCGGAUGAGGACGUUUCCACGCUCGCGCACGAAGAGAAGGUUGCGUCCAGCAGAGGCAUGGAGUACUUCCCAAACGUUCCGCCGCUGACUGGGAGCCGUCGCCGCUCGUCGUUGUCAACCGCAUCACCGCCGAUCUCCCCAGUUUCCGAGCCUCCCAGCGCGCGCGGAUCCUACGGUCGCACUCGUGCGAAGUCCUCGAGCCAGUCGCACCGCGCAAAUGCCCUGGCCAAGCUCGAUGGCGACUCCUCUUCCCCAGCGUCGUCCGUGCCGACGACUCCUCGCACACGUUCACCCACGGUCCCUCGGCGCUCUGUCGAUAGCAUGCAACUGCGCACAUUCGAUGCGCCGUCGGGCCCCAUGCAGGUCGCAAGCCCCGUGGCCGCCGUGUCAAAUGCGGCUGCGAUGAACCGCACCUCUUCGGGCAACAACCCGCGUCGGGCGACACGGAAGCCGGUGCCGACUUUGGACGAAGCCGACAUGAUGCCGCCGCCCUCGGCCACUUCCCUCACUACGCCCACUCUGUCCUCAUCCUACGCUUCCAGCACCACCAUGAGCCGCGGCUCGAGCGUGUCUAGCUCUACCGUGGCUGGCCGCUCGCCUGCUCCCUCCCCUCACCCGGUGUACAACCACAGGGCAGACUCUGGAUCAGGCUCAACCCUGCGCGCACAGGGCGCUUUGCCGGCUCCCGGUAGACAGCACUCGCGCGAGGACCUGAUCGCGGCGGGCAUGGAGCUGCCGAACUUGAACCACAAGUCCAGCUUCGGGGACAAGCAGGUCCACUACAUCAUUCCGGACAUGCCCCCUCCGCCCCGCGCGUAGGCGCGGAAAAGUGUACUACUAAUUGACUCGUGUACCUCUAUGAUCCCCCUUGUCUACCGUCGCUCUCUGCUCGUUUGCACCGUCUCUCGUUGUCGUCGGAAGUUGGAGGAGGUUGGAUCUAUCUUGCUUUAUAUAUCAUCUAUGGGACUUGGUUACUUAUCACCUACUGCGCUUCUGCUCUUGCCUACACUUACGUUCGCGCCUUCUACUCUUGAAUGCCCUCCUCCCCUGAUCGCCAUCCCCGCGCGCCUGCGCGCAUCCCCAUCCACUGCUCCAUACUACUUUCUAGCUACCUUUCACGACGCUUCACGCUCCACGGAUUACGACCUUGAUGAUCGUGCUCCAGGGUAUACGGGUUCCCUGCUCUUCCGUGCGCGUGUUGGUCUAUAGCUUUUGGUGAUGCUACAUAAAUGCCACUUGUUGUGUUCUUCGCUCUUUCAGUACCCUUCAUGCAGGUCGUUCGUUUUGCCUACGAAGGUUCUGCGUACAUACACGCUAUACCAGGAGCGCGUGGUAUCAUAGUGUAGCGCAUACAGUC